UACAACAGGCUGAUCCACACCUCGUACGCGCGGGGACACGAUGCAGGACUCCACAUCGCAACUCUCCGAAUCCUCUCAGGAGACUUGAGGCCGGCCGGACCAGAACCGAGUAAGUGUGUCUCCCUCCGCCAGGAUGAGCGGGUGUGUUGACCAAGUCCUGGGACGUGUGACGGCGUGAGACUCGCCUCAUGUUUACUCGCACUCGACAGACUGGUUCCACAUCUUUGCUUAACGUAUUAGUGGCUCUGUCAGCACUACGUUCACUUUUGAGAAAGAAGUGGACGAAUAGGAAGAACCAUGCUGGGGUGAUGCGAUCCAAAGACCUCCUGGGGGAACAUCAAGUGGACUUGUAGCCUUGAAGGUAUGCACAUAGGAGAAGUGGACUUUGAGUAAAUUCUGGAGGUGACUGACCUUCUGGUCUAUCUAGUCUUCAUCAGGUCAAGUGCAGUCAUGGCGUCCAACGAGUCCAACUUGUGCAUAUCGUCGCUGAAGGACGACGACUGCCCGCCCUACGUCCAGCCGCACUACAAGGAGUCCUACCGUCUGGCCAUCUACGCUCUGCUAUGCGGCGGGAAAACCGCCUACGAGGAUUUUCUGCAGGCGGAGCAGAUCAGCCACUUCCUGUCCGAGGAGGAGAUCCUCUUCAUCCUGGACAAUGCCGAGGUGCCCGUCGUGGAGGACGAUCCGGAGGGGCGGCGGCCGUUCGGAGGCGAGCCGAACCCGUCCACCUACUUCCCCGUGGAGUCCGACGAGGAGGUGCCGGACCUGGACCUGGGCUGGCCUGAGGUCAAGCUGGAUGACCUGGACACCAGCAUCAGCCUGCUGUUCCACCCGCCCAGACUCAACACCCCCACCAUCAAGGAGGUGGUCCGCAAGCAGAUCCAGGAGGCCAAGCAGAUGGUCGCCAUAGCGAUGGACGUCUUCACGGACGUGGACAUUUUCAAGGAGGUCAUCGGCGCCACGCUUCGGGGGGUGGCGGUCUACAUCCUCCUGGACGAGAGCCGCUACGGCAGCUUCCACGCCAUGUCGCAGAGAGUGGGCGUCAACAUCCAGGACCUGAAGAACAUCCGGGUCCGCACAGUGCGAGGUCAGCAGUAUCACUGUCAGUCCGGAUUGAAGUUCCACGGCAGUUUGGAGCAGAGAUUCAUUCUGGUGGACUGCAGAACUGUUUUGUACGGAACGUACAGCUACACCUGGUCCUUUGAGAAGAUCAACCUAAGCAUGGUACUGGUGGUCACAGGUCAGCUCGUUUGCUCGUAUGACGAGGAGUUUCGCCGACUCUACGCCCGCUCCACUGUUCCUGAGUUACUGUACAACGAGAGGUUGACCGUGGAGUACCUGAGGAACGGCAUGACCCUGCGCAGUCCAAACUCCAGCCAGCUGUCCCUGAAUCACAUUCACAUGCGUUCCAGAGGCCUACGGGGCCUGAGGAGUGCUCAGGAGGAUUGCUACGCAAAUGUUGCUGGAAUGUCUCGGGGCCUCAGCAUGCAAGACCGGCUGCAUCAGUCCCAUUUUGCGGACACCAGCCACAUGGUGAGGGGACACAGUUUUGGUGCGGACCUUCAGAGACUAAAUCCAAAGACCCGUUUGAGAAUGGGAACCAAAGACAUUGGCGUGCCUGUCGCUCCUGACAAUACUUUUAAUAUGCCCGGUCCCAACAAGAUGUCUCACCAGCUGGUUAGACACCAGAGUCGCUACGGUUCCGAUAAGAAUCUCAUUCCGUUCAACUCUGAGACGUCCCUCCACAGGUGGAAGAUGGACACAUACCUAAAUGGGAAUUUCGAUGCAUCAUGUGAUGCCCUGUCGCCUGUGACCUCGCCAUACAGCAGCCGCACAGGCCUGAACGACCCACAGCCCCACAUGAUUCCCAACAGGUCCAGGGACAUGAAGUCCAGGUUGGAAGAAAUCCGACAAAAGAGACUCAGUUUACAGGAAUACAACAAUCUCAGGCAGAGCCAAGAGUCUCUGAGGUGUAUGUACCAAAGUCUGGAUCGUGCCAAGUUCCAGUCUUGUUUAACUCAGAACAUGGAGGAUGCAAACAGCCUGGAGUCCACCAAUCACAAAGACUCUGGGCCCAGCAAGGAGGAUGACAGCAACCGCUCUGCGACAUACUUUGACAUUCAAACAGGUCCGGAAUUAAAAACCAUACCAUUGUACAACGGUUACGAGCCUCUUUCCAGGUCCUCUCCAGCAGGGUAUCUGGAUGAAAAGCUCAAAGAGCAGUCCCUCAAGUACCCCAGUGGUCUCCAGCGUCCCAGAACAAUGGAGUCCUUGAUUGAAAUUCCUGAAGAAAAGGAAGUUUCAAGUCAUUUUAUCAGCAGCUUAGAUGACGAUAGACCCAAAAACGGAAGAGAAGACAAAAAGAAUGCGAGCCACCCUCAAGCAAAGGUGGCCAAGGAAAACAUUGACUCCUCAUCCGGACAGUCUGCAUCUCCUGCUGCUAAAGAAAGAAAGAAAUCCCUUCCUGGCACGUCGGAAACCGUCCCAAAGACCUUAACUACCUCAGAAGUGAAAACUCCGACAGAAAAGGAUGCAUCGCCUCAGAGGAAGAACUCCAUGAGGACGAAAAGCCCCGAAGAAAAGAAGGCCUCCAAAAAGGACAAGUCGCUUCAAAGAAUGGCCUCCUUGAAAUCACAGAAUUCUUCUGGGUCUCGAGCGUGUACCACUGGAAAACCUUCCACUGCAGAGGACCAAACGAGCCAGAACUUCACCAGCAGGUCGUCAGAGACCGAGAAGCCCAAGUCUUCCUUCAACUUUUCUAGACUAUCCUCUCACCGUUCCAGCAAACAUAAAACAACUCGAGCAGCCCAGCAUGAGCAGGGCUCACGGAGCGAACUGGAAGAGCAGGAAACGACGGCCUUCGAGAGCCGCAAGGCGAAGGCGUACAGUCGCUACGAGUACUUGCUGCGUUCUAGCGUUCCUCUGGACAAAGCAAAGACUGACUCCGCUUAUCCAGCGUAUCACUCAACACAAGGCGGCGCGGAGAACAAACUGGAAAAGUUCAUGCAGAGAGUUGGGAAUUUCAUAGGCAAGAACAAGUAGAUGAUGCCAACCUUCAAUCGGGUGUGCUCGGAUGUUGUUCGACUUGUACAAACCCCGUUUCCGUAUCAGUUGGGAAAUUGUGUUAGAUGUAAAUAUAAACGGAAUACAAUGAUUUGCCAAUCAUUUUCAACCCAUAUUCAGUUGAAUAUGCUACAAAGACAACAUAUUUGAUGUUCAAACUGAUAAACAUUGUGAAAGGUGGCAAUAAAUACUGAUAAAGUUGAGGAAUGCUCAUCAAACACUUAUUUGGAACAUCCCACGGGUGUGCAGGCUAAUCGGGAACAGGUGGGUGCCAUGAUUGGGUAUAAAACCAGCUUCCAUGAAUCCAUCCAUCCAUUUUCUACCGCUUAUUCCCUUUUGGGGUCGCGGGGGGCGCUGGCGCCUAUCUCAGCUACAAUCGGGCGGAAGGCGGGGUACACCCUGGACAAGUCGCCACCUCAUCACAGGGCCAACACAGAUAGACAGACAACAUUCACACUCACAUUCACACACUAGGGACCAUUUAGUGUUGCCAAUCAACCUAUCCCCAGGUGCAUGUCUUUGGAAGUGGGAGGAAGCCGGAGUAUCCGGAGGGAACCCACGCAUUCACGGGGAAAACAUGCAAACUCCACACAGAAAGAUCCCGAGCCUGGAUUUGAACCCAGGACUGCAGGAACUUCGUAUUGUGAGGCAGACGUGAAGCCAGCUUCCAUGAAAUGCUAAGUAAUUCACAAACAAGGAUGGGGCGAGGGUCAACAAUUUGUAAGCAAAUUGUCGAACAGUUUUAGAACAACAUUUCUCAACGAGCUAUUGCAAGGAAUUUAGGGAUUUUACCAUCUACGGUCCGUAAAAUCAUCAAAAGGUUCGGAGAAUCUGGAGAAAUCACUGCACGUAAGCGAAAAUAUUACGGACCUUUGAUCCCUCAGGCUGUACUGCAUUAAAAACCGACAUAAGUGUGUAAAGGAUAUCACCACAUGGGCUCGGGAACACUUCAUAAAACCACUGUCAGUAGCUACAGUCGGUCGCUACAUCUGUAAGUGCAAGGUUAAAACUCUACUAUCCAAAGCGAAAGCCAAUUAUCAACACCACCCAGGAACGCCGCCGGCUUCGCUGAGAUGGACUGAUGCAAAUUGGAAAAGAGUUCUGUGGUCUGAAGAGUCCACAUUUCAAAUUAUAUUUGGAAACUGUGGAUGUGGUGUCUUACGGAACAAAGAGGAAAAUAACCAUCCGGAUUGUUUUAGGCGCAAAGUUCAAAUGCCAGCAUCUGUGAUGGUAUGGGGGUGUGUUAGUGCCCAAGGCAUGGGUAAUUUACACAUUUGUGAAGGCACCAUUAAUGCUGAAUGAUCCAUACAGGUUUUGGAGCAACAUAUGUUGUCAUCCAAGCAUCGUUAUCGUGGACGCCCCUGCUUAUUUCAGCAAGACAAUGCUAAGCCACAUGUUACAACAGCGUGGCUUUGUAGUAAAAUAGUGCGGGUACUUUCCUGGCCCGCCUGCAGUCCAGACCUGUCUCCCAUUGAAAAUGUGUGGCGCAUUAUGAAGUGUAAAAUACGACAACAAGACCCCGAACUGUUGAAGGACUGAAGCUCUACAUAAAACAAGAAUGGGAAAGAAUUCCACUUUCAAAGCUUCAACAAUUAGUUUCCUCAGUUCCCAAACAUUUAUUGAGUGUUAUUAAAAGAAAAGGUGAUGUAACACAGUGGUGAACAUGCCCUUUCCCAACUACUUUGGCACAUGUUGCAGCCAUGAAAUUCUAAGUUAAUUAUUAGUUGCAAAAAAAAACCAAGUUUAUGAGUUUGAACAUCAAAUAUGUUGUCUUUGGAACAUAUUCAACUGAAUAUGGGUUGAAAAUGAUUUGCAAAUCAUUGUAUUCUGUUUAUAUUUACAUCCAACACAAUUUCCCAACUCAUAUAGAAACAGGGUUUGUAUAUGUUCUGCAGUUCAACCCUUUCUUGUGGGGCGGUUUAGCUCGGUUGGUAGAGCGGCCGUGCCAGCAACUGGAGGGUUGCAGGUUCGAUUCCCGCUUCCGCCAUCCUAGUCACUGCCGUUGUGUCCUUGGGCAAGACACUUUACCCACCUGCUCCCAGUGCCACCCACACUGGUUUGAAUGCAACUUAGAUAUUGGGUUUCACUAUGUAAAGCGCUUUGAGUCAAUAGAGAAAAAAGCGCUAUAUAAAUAUAAUUCACAAUUCACACUUUCUAUACUUUAUAUGUCCCCUUCUUAAUUGUACAGUACAAAGUCAAAAUGAAGACUUCACUCGGGCGCAGCAGUAAAUAUUAAUGUGAAUAAAUAACACAUUUUGCAUGGAGGGCCACUUCACCUUUAUUUUGAAUAUCAAAAAAGCCAUGAUAUAAAUCCAAAAUGAAAUCUGUUCAAACAUUA